CCGGAGAGGGCAUAGGGGUUGGAGAGACGAGCGGGCCCACUUCUCUCCUGCAAGCGACGGACUCCCCGCGGCGCCCGGCCCCGCGCACAGCGGGUGAGCGGCGACGGGAGGCGCCAUGGCCGACAGGGCGAGAGCGGCGCUGUCGGAGUCGGGUUGGUAUCUUUCAGAUGAAGGAAUCGAAACUUGCAUAAAUUCAUCUGAAAAAGUCAAUACGAAUGACAUUAUCCUAGUUGCACUUAAUACAGAUUUAAGAACGAUUGGCAAGAAAUUCCUCCCCAGUGACAUCAAUGGUGGAAAGGUGGAAAAGCUGGAAGGGCCAUGUGUUCUGCAAAUACAGAAAAUACGCAAUGUUUCUGCACCAAAGGAUAAUGAGGAAUCUCAGGCUGCACCCAGAAUGUUACGUUUACAGAUGACCGAUGGACAUACAAGCUGCACAGCUAUAGAAUACAAUAGCAUGUCAAAAAUAAGCUUGAACACUCCACCUGGAACAAAAAUUAAACUUUCUGGAAUUAUUGAAGUAAGAAAUGGAUUCUUGCUGCUGGAUGAUAGUAACACUGCAGUUCUUGGAGGUGAAGUGGAGCAUCUUAUAGAAAAGUGGGAAUUGCAAAGGAGUUUAGCAAAACACAGUAGGAGUAAUAUUGGAACAGAAGGUGGCCCUCCCCCUUUUUUGCCUUUUGGGCAGAAAUGUGCAUCUCACAUGCAAGUGGAUAGCAGAGAGCUUGAUCGCAGAAAGACUCUGCAAGUGACAAAUACUGCAAAACCUGUUGCUGACAACGAUGAAUUUGAAAAACAAAGAACAGCUGCCAUCGCAGAAGUAGCGAAGAGCAAGGAGACCAAGACAUUCGGAGGAGGUGGUGGUAACAGCAGAAGUAAUCUUAGUGUAAGUGCUGGAGGGAAUCGAAACAGGGAACUUUUCCAGAAAGAGAAGAUAACAAAACCUGAGGGAAAAAAUGAAGGUGUCUACAGAGAACUGGUUGAUGAAAAGGCUCUAAAACACAUAACUGAGAUGGGCUUCAGUAAAGAAGCAGCAAGACAGGCACUUAUGGAUAACAGUAACAACCUAGAGGCAGCAUUAAAUUUUCUUCUGAACAGCAGUAAACAAAAGCCCCUUCAGGGACCACCACCUAGAGGUAAAGGAAAGGGCCGAGGCCGUAUAAGACCUGAAGAUGAGGAAGAGCUAGGAAAUACCAGACCGUCUGCACCAAGCACACUGUUUGAUUUCUUAGAAUCCAAAAUGGGUACUUUAACUGUAGAGGAACCAAAAUUACAAUUUCAACCACCACAUCAAGUACAGCCCAAAGUUAUGAAUACAGAACAGAAUGGCAUCAAAGAAAAUCAUUCAAGGCAUAUUUCUCGCAAUGACAUGAGACAACCAAGGAAUGAGAAGCCCCCUCGUUUUCAAAGAGAUAUUCAGAAUUCAAGGCAGGCUUUGGAAAGUGGGGGAUUACCAAGAAACAGAGGUCCUGAAAGGCACAACUCUUUAGAACAUUGGACAGAGGACAAAAUUAAAAGUGACAGACAUUAUCCUAGAAAUGAUAGGCCAAAGGAUUUGAGUUAUCCCAUAGCUGCUCACCAGAGUGAUAUUUCCUUUAAAAAAAGGGAUAACAAUAUACAAAACAGAAUAGGAAAAGGGGUGUCUUUCACAGAAUUCAAGGAGAACUCUGCUGUUCAAGAUACUACAGACAAUAAUAACCAGAAACGUGGGAAAAGGGAAAAUCAAAUACACAAUUCUGAAAAUUUUUGUGAUAGGAAAGCACGAACAAUAAGUAAUGAAACCUUUAUGGUAAAAAGUGAGCAACAUUUUGGUGUGAAUAAUGAUUUCCAAAACCCUGGUAGAACUGAUCAUUUUAAUUCUGUACCGAAUGGAGAUACAGAACAUCAUCAAAAAGGAAGACGAGUAGGGCCAAUCAAAUUGUCAGGACCUACUGUGAUUCCAUCUUAUGAUGACAAGAUUUUGUAUUACAACUCUGCACCCAAAAGGAGAUCUGGGCCCAUCAAACCAGAGAAAAUAAUAGAACCAUCAAUUCAUGCAGAGUAUGGAAAAACCUGGAGACCUGGGGAUGAAUGUUUUGCUCUUUAUUGGGAAGACAACAAGUUCUACCGGGCGGAAGUUGAAGCUCUCCAUUCUUCUGGAAUGACUGCAGUUGUUAAGUUCUCUGACUAUGGAAAUUAUGAAGAGGUGCUUCUCAGCAACAUCAGGCCGAUUCAUGCAGACACCUGGGAGGAUGAAGAAGAAACAUAUGAGCAAACUCUAGAAUUCCGCAGAGGAGGUGAUGGUCAACCAAGGCGGUCCACACGACCUACUCAACAAUUUUAUCAGCCCCCAAGAGCUAGAAACUGAUUAAUAAGAAUUAAAUGUGAUCUUCUUGUGUUGAAGGAAAAUUCACUGGCAGCUCCAACUUGAUGAAGACUUCUAGAAGAACUUCUGGCUUUUUCCAAGCAACAGGAUGAGACAAAAAAAAAGCUGAUAUAAGCAGAAGAAAUUUGAACUUGAUACCACAGGAGACUUUUUUAAAUUCUUAGUUAAAUGAAGCUGAAUACUUUUUACAUAUGAAAGAAGCAAAUUGUCUUUGCUGCCACCAAUAAAACCACAGUGCACUAUUCUA